AUGACGAGGCGCAAGAUUGUGAUUAGGAGGAUUGAGAACAUGGGUAAGAGGCAGGCCACCUUCUGCAAGCGGCGUAGUGGCCUGCUAAAGAAAGCACAAGAGCUGGCCAUCCUCUGUGAUGUCCAGGUCGCCGUUAUCGUCUUCUCCUCCACCGGACGCCUCUACGAGUAUGCCAGCUCCACCACCACCACCACCACCACCACCACCACUUCCAUGGCCAUGGCUUCCAUUCUUGAAAAGUAUCGAUCUGCACAGGAGCAGCAACAGCUGCUGAAUCCAGUGUCACAACUCAUGGAAGCUUAUGGGGGAGAGACUAUCAAACUUAAGAGUCAAAGACUUGUGUUUGUUGGAACAUCAGUUGGAGAAGAGCUUACACCGUAUUAA